AUGGCAGCGCACAUAAGCAUCGCCGGAUUCUUCGUCCCGCGCUGCAGAACUGGCCACCGGGCGAGAGCGCUCGCUUCCCAGGGGAUCGCUGCUCCGAAGAAAGAGGGGGAGGAGGAGAAGGUGAAGCUCGGAGGGUCUGAUCUGAAGGUCACCAAGCUGGGGAUCGGCGCCUGGGCCUGGGGCGAUACCACCUACUGGAACGAUCUCCAAUGGAACGGUAAGCCCCAAUGAACGCCUUCACUCCAUGCCGUAACCGGAGGACUCACCAGUUGAAGAACAGGCUUCUUAUAACCUCCAUUAAUAUAUUUUCUUAGAUUUUUACGCAUAAAUUAGUCCACAUUUUUUAAAUUAUUUCUCAUAUCAUCGUCCUCUACCGAGCAUCUGUUGAUAGUAGUAGUGCUUGGGGCAUUUGAUGUGUUCAUCUUUAUUUUUUUUCAAAAAUAUUUCAGACAGAAAAUUAAAGGACGCAAAAGGGGCAUUUGAUGCCAGCAUUGACUCCGGCAUUACUUUCUUUGACACUGCCGAAGUGUAUGGUGCAGGGGUAGGUACCCAGAGUUCUACCCGUUCUCUCUUCAUCUGCUUCAUGAUCUUCAUGAAAAAAUAUAUUUUUUUUCAAUAACUUUUAUUUUCUGUUCGUUCUUUUUUCAGUUCUCGGGGGCCAUCAAUUCAGAAACUUUAAUCGGAAGGUAUUAAUUUUUACAUAAAAAAAGAACCAAUCACUUAAACCCAUGUUCUUCCGAUGCUCAUUACAAUCUUUUUAUUUAUUUGCCGAUGAAUCAGGUUCAUCAAAGAGAGGAAAAUAAGUGAUUUGAAUGAGAUUGCGAUUGCUACGAAAUUCGCCGCUCUCCCCUGGAGAUUGGGCCGCCAAAGCGUGGUCUCCGCCCUGAAAGGCUCCCUCUCCCGCCUCGGUCUUUCCUCUGUUGAUCUCUACCAGCUUCACUGGUCUGAUAUCUUCCCCCACCUCAUUUUUUCUUCGCCAUUUAUUUAACUGGUGGGUAACAUGAAUCUGCUGGUGAUCAUCUGCAGGCCAGGAAUAUGGGGGAAUGAAGGUUGACCUGGCUACCCUCUUUUUUUUUCCACAUUUAAAUACUAUUUUCUCCCUCAAUUAUUUGUAUAGUGAUGCGUCUGGAGAUCUGCCAUGGACUGUUCUUCAUGAUUUUGCCAGGCUACAUCGAUGGCCUUGGAGAUGCCGUUGAACAGGGGCUAGUGAAGGCUGUGGGGGUCUCCAAUUACAGCGGUAACUCGCAUUUUCAGGCUUAAUCCUGCUUAAUAUUAAUCAAAAGCAUGCUAUUGGAAACCAAAAUUUUGCCGCUUUGUGAGACAGAGAAACGUCUCAGAGAUGCUCACAGUCAACUCAAGAAGAGAGGGAUCCCUCUGGCGGUGAACCAGGUCAACUACAGCCUCAUUUACAGGCUCCCUGAAGAAAAUGGUGUGAAGGCAACCUGUGAUGAACUGGGUGUCUCUUUGAUUGCAUAUUCGCCAAUUGCCCAAGGUUGCAUUUAUUUUAUUUAUUUAUUUUUAGAACCCUAAUAUAACUGGGUGUCUCUUUUGACAUCCUCUAGCUUCAUAUUUAUAUAUUUGAUAGAUUUUUUCUCUUUAAUCUGUUCCAUUCAGCGGUGAAUAUUGUGGGAAAUUACUCGCGGCUUAGAUGUAAACUGUGCUUUUGCUAUAAAAGGAAAUUAUUCCCAGCUUAUUAUAAGCGGAUUAAUGCACGAUAUCGAUUGCAAUUUUCUAAAUAAGGAAAGGUGGACUUCUUUUUUCAGGGAUCCUCAGCGGCAAGUACACCGCAGCUAAUCCACCUACUGGCCCUCGAGGUCGGAUCUACACCCCCGAAUUCCUCACAAAGGUGGAACUAAAUCUAUUUUGCUAAAUUAAAUAUUUAUUUAUUUAUUUAUUUAUUUUACUUAUUUAUCUGCUAUAUUAUGCAGCUUGAACCUCUAAUUGCCCGAAUCAAGGAAAUUGGGCUGAGCUACAGCAAAACUCCAACACAGGUAGGAUAUGUCUUGCACCAAUCAGUCUACUCUGCUUCUAUCCACUGUAAAGGUCAACGCGAGCCAUAUUUAGAAACAGAGCCAUCUUGCUUCAAGGUCAACCACAGUUGGCAUCCUGUUCCUUUUGCCACAAAGACCCCAACAUAUGUUGUACUCUACUGUGAUUCUAUCCACUGUGACGAUCAACCACUGAGGUCAACUUCAGAGACAGAAUCCCCUACCCAUCGAGGUCAACCCACCAACCAUUGACAUUUUACCCUCCACCCGGCUCCUGCAGUUAUGUGUGAAUGCCUCAUGAUCCCGCAUCACAGAUUUAGCCGCUGACAUCUUUCUCCUUCCGUAGGUGGUGCUGAACUGGCUGCUGUGCCAAGAGAACGUCCUGCCGAUUCCAGGCGCCAAGAACGCCGAGCAGGCGAGGGAGUUUGCGGGUGCCCUCGGAUGGAGAUUGUCGGAUGACGAGGUCGCAGAGCUCCGAUCAAUAGCUUCAAGAACAAAGCCAGUCAUCGGGUUCCCCGUGGAAAAAUUGUAG